UCAUUCAAUAUUAAAUUGAUAUUCUAUUCUAAAUACCAUUUCAAUAUUGAAAUCGUUGAAACAUCUGAAGUUUGAUAUUAGUUGAAAAUCUGAACUUGAGUUAGAAAAUUGUGCGUUAUAUAUAAAUAGGAAGAACAGAUAUUAUUUGCAAGAUCAGUUAGAGAAGGCUGUGAAACUGACAAAAGCGCGCCGCCAUAUUGCGUGCUUGUGUUUAGUUACUGUUCUGGCGCGUGGUCAAGAAUUAUUAUACUCUUAAUUAAUUACCAUGUCCGAGAAUCAGGAACAGAAACCUGAAGCCGGCCCAGGAGACGCGAAUUCUGAAUACAUCAAGCUAAAAGUCGUUGGAAAUGACAGCAACGAAAUUCACUUUAGGGUAAAGAUGACCACCCAAAUGGGCAAGCUUAAGAAAUCGUACAGUGAUCGUGUGGGUGUACCUAUGACAUCUCUAAGGUUUCUUUUUGAUGGUAAAAGAAUUAAUGAUGAUGAAACACCAAAGCAGUUGGAAAUGGAAAAUGAUGAUGUAAUUGAAGUAUAUCAAGAACAAACAGGUGGUCUCUACUGAAAAAAUUACAAAUUAAUAUCAUGCAAUUUGGUUUUCAUAUUUUCUAAAGUGAAAGUGACUAUCAUAAGAAAAGGACAAGUUUAUUAAUAUGCAUAUAUAUGUUAAAGAAAAACAGUAUGUAGUUCCAUUUUCAUAUAAUAUUCUAAAUGUGCUGUUCUACAUUCCUGUAACAAGGCAAGUCUAAGGACCAGCAACACAAUCAAUUUUUUGUAAUGUAUACAUUCAUUGGUUAAAAAAUCAGUUAAGGCGAAUAAUUGAGACUAUCGGUUCUAUGAGAA